GUAAACGGAACUGACGUCAUUAUAGUCCAUGUUUACAAAAUGGAUGCCUUGAGACUCCCGUAGCGCAUCCACUGACCCACAGUUUUCUUAUUCUCUCUAGAGACUUGCUGUUGGAGCGUACAAGCACAAGUUCCUGAUGGCGGAUCCCGCGGUGUCGUCGGGAGGUUCGCUAAAUGCGAGCGGGCGUGUCGGGGGGAGUAAGUCUGCCAGCAGCCCGGUGGAGAACUACCAGCUGGCUCGACGGCGCACCCUGCAGGUGGUGGUCAGUGCCCUGCUGACGGAGUGUGGCUUCGACAGCGCAGAGAAGGCGGCGGUGGAGACGCUGACUGAAAUGAUGCAGAGCUAUAUCACGGAAAUCGGCCGCUGUGCUAAGUCCUACUGCGAACACACAGCCAGGAGCGUCCCGACUCUGUCAGACACGGUGGUGGCGCUGAUUGAGAUGGGCUUCAACGUGGACGCGCUGCCCGUCUAUGCCAAGAGGUCGCAGAGGAUGGUGAUCACUGCACCGCCAGUCACCAACACGCCGGUCGCGCCCAAAGCUCUGUCAGCGGGUCAGAAGCGCACACACCCGUCGCAUAUCCCCGGCUACUUCCCAGAAUUCCCUGACCCACACACGUACAUCAAAACUCCGACGUUCCGGGAGCCGGUGUCGGACUACCAGGUGGUGAGAGAGAAGGCUGCCACCCAGAGGAGAGACGUGGAGCGAGCGCUGACCCGCUUCAUGGCCAAAACAGGGGAGACGCAGAGUCUGUUCAAAGACGACGUGACAGCGUUUCCACUGAUCGCAGCCCAGCGCAGCUCCAUCCCGUACCUCAGCGCCCUCCUGCCCUCGGAGCUGGAACUGCAGACCCUGGAGGAGACAGACUCGUCGGAGCAGGACGACCAGACGGACAACGAGAACGCGUCGGGAAACAUCAUCGCUGACGAUCCGGCGGCAGACAAAGAAAACUCGCUGCUGCCUCCCUCCAGCGUGGUUCCCUCCACCAAGGCCAACGACGACAGCGUGAUCGACAACCCGUACCUGAGGCCCGUCAAGAAACCCAAGAUCAGGAGGAAGAAGUGACCCAGGCUUCUGUGUUUUGAUAAUAAAUGUUGGAUGCACCG